ACCGGUAUGUUUUGCGACAGACCGUGUUCCGCGCCGCAGCACAUCAUGAGAUGAAUGCAGCAUAAAUGCAUGUAUUCACUGCUAUGGAGAUUCCCAUUGGCUGAUGCUCCACUCUUUAUGCACUCGUCUGUUAUGCAGCAUGCAGGCCCGGAGCUCCUGGAAGAGUCCUGUCGGCGGGCCUUCCUAAAUCCAGCCCAGACCCACCCAUGCCUGUUAUUCCCAUCCCACGGAGGGUUCGCUCCUUCCACGGGCCGCACACAACAUGCAUGCACUCGGCCUGUGGCCCGGCGCGCACCGCACAGCUCGUACGCUCCAAAUACAACAACUUCGACCUGUACCUGAAGUCCCGCUGGAUGUACAGCUUCGUGCGCUUUCUCCUGUAUUUCGGCUGCAGUCUGCUGACCUCUCUGCUGUGGGUUGUGUUAUCGGCGCUGUUCUGCGUGCAGUAUGUCAGCGUGCGUGUGUUUCUCCGACUACAAUACAAGCUGUCGGUCAUUCUGCUGCUGCUGGGUCACCGGCGCCUGGACUUCGCCAUCCUCAAUGACCUCUUCAUCUACAGCAUGCACAUCACCAUGUUUCUGAUCGGAGGCCUGGGCUGGUGUUUCAUGGUGUUUGUGGACAUGUGAGCGGAGUUGUCUUAUUAACUAGUGUUUGAUUAUACACACUAAGGGUUUGUGGAUAGAACUGAGAAUGUGUUGGAGACGCUCUUAAAGGGACAGCGCGCACAAAACUGAAAAUCUAUCCUCAUCUGCUCACCCUAUGGUUUUCUAUACAUUUCUAUUAGUAACUGAACAGAUCUCGCCACUCGUUUACUGCCAUAUAUCAUGUGUGAGUAAAUGGGAUGGUGUUUGUGGACAUGUUUAGGGAAAUUAUCACUGUGCCGGAGAAGCUCUAGUGUUUAAUUCCACACACUGAGUGUUUAAAGACUGAACUGAGAAUGUGUUUGAGACGCUCUUAAAGGGACAGCGCACACACAAUAAUGAACAUUCUGUCAUCAUCUACUCCACCUAAAGCUGGUUUGGUUUUCUAUACAGGUCUAUCUGGACAAAUGUCAGCAAGUAAACAGAUCUCACCGCUCAUUUACUCCCAUAUAUACUAUAGUUGGAGUAAAUGGGUGGUGAGAUCUGUUUGUUUACUGACAUUUGUUCAAAUGUGCACCACAAACCCAGUUAUAAGUGUCAUUUUCUUUAAUAAUGAGGCUUUCUGUUGAUGUUUAGUGUGUGAGGAUUGGACAACUAUUGAAAAUCUGCAAUCUGAGGCUUCAAAAAUGUGAAAUUUGUAAUUGAAAUUUGUGAAGGUUGUGUAAAUUAUACAUAUUACUGAUCAAAAAUUGAAUUUUGAUGCAUUUACAGAAGGAUAUGUACAAAAUAUCUUCAUAAAACAUGAUUUUUUAUUAAUAUUUUAAUGAUAUUUGGCAUAAAAGAAAAGUAAUUGGGGUUUGAGUUUUAACACAUGCAGAUUGACAGAACUGAGAGUGUGUUUGAGACGCUCUUAAAGGGACAGUGCACACACAAAUGAACAUUCUGUCAUCAUCUACUCCACCCUAUGGAUUUCUAUAUGUUUCUAUUUGGACUAAUGUCAGUAACUAAACCGAUCUCUCCACUUAUUUACUGCCAUCUAUAUUAAAUCUAAAUACUAUAGUUGGAAUAAACAGGUGCUGAGAUCUGUUUGUUUACUGACAUUUGUCCAAAUGUCCACCACAAACCCAGUUAUAAGUGUCAUUUUCUUUAAUAAUGAGGCUUUGCAUUGAUGUUUGGCGUGUGAGGAUUGCACAAUAUUUGGCUGAGAUACAACUAUUGAACAUCUAGAAUCUGAGGGUUUAAAAAAUAUCUAAAUAUUUAGAAAUUUGUCUUUAAAUGUGUACAAAUUAAGCUCUUAGCAAUACAUAUUACUAAUCAAAAAUCAAGUUUUGGUAUAUUUACAGAUGAAUAUUUACUGAAUAUCCUCACACAACAUGAUUUACUUCAUAAUCUAAUGAUAUUUGACAAAGUUAAAUCUUUUUUUGGUCAUGAUCUUAAUAUUUUAAUGAUAUUUGGCACAAAAGAGAAAGAUUUAGGGUUUGGGUUUUAAAGCAUGCAGAUUGACAGAACUGAGAAUGUGUUUGAGACGCUCUUAAAGGGACAGCGCACACACAAAUGAACAUUCUGUCAUCAUCUACUCAAACUAAAGCUGAUUUGGUUUUCUAUACAGGUCUAUCUGGACAAAUGUCAGCAAGUAAACAGAUCUCACCGCUCAUUUACUGCCAUAUAUACUAUAGUUGGAGUAAAUGGGUGGUGAGAUCUGUUUGUUUACUGACAUUUGUCCAAAUGUGCACCACAAACCCUUUUAUAAGUGUCAUUUUCUUUAAUAAGGAGGCUUUCUGUUGAUGUUUAGUGUGUGAGGAUUGGACAACUAUUGAAAAUCUGAAAUCUGAGGAGCAAAAAUGUGAAAUUUGUAAUUGAAAUUUGUGAAGGUUGUGCAAUUAUACAUAUUACUGAUCAAAAAUUAAAUUUUGAUAUAUUUAUUUACAAAAUAUAAUCAUAAAACAUGAUCUUUGUCUAAUAUUUUAAAUAUAUUUGGCACAAAAGAAAAAGAAUUAGGGUUUGGGUUUUAAUGCAUGCAGAUUGACAGAACUGAGAAUGUGUUUGAGACGCUCUUAAAGGGACAGCGCACACAAAUGAAAAUUCUGUCAUCAUUUACUCCACCUAAAGCUGUUAUAUCUUAUGAAAUAUCUUCUUGGAACAUGAUCUUUACUUAAUAUUUUUGUGAAUUUUGUCAUGAAGGAAAAAUCAAUAAUGUUGGACCCUUACAGUGAUUUUUUUGCCUGCUUCCACUUAAGACAAAUGGAAAGUACACAGGAAUGAAGCGACCUGAGUAGAAGACCCUUAGCUACAGUUUGAAUUUCAUCCCAUUGUAAAAAAUAAAAAACACCAUUCAGUGUGUA